AUGGGUUUGAAAGGGAAACUUGUUUCUCAGAUAGACAUAAAAUCUGAUGGAGAUGUUUUUCAUGAGAUUUUCAGAGAAAGACCUCACCACAUUUCAGACAUGAGCCCAGCUCACAUUCAAAACUGUGAUCUUCACGAGGGUGAUUGGGGAAAAGUUGGAUCUGUUAUUUUGCGGAACUACAUCCAUGAUGGAAACGAGAGGGUGGCAAAGGAGAUAAUAGAAGCAAUUGAUGAGGAGAAGAAUUCGGUGACCUUCAAGGUGAUUGAAGGUGAUCUUAUGGAGCUCUACAAAACCAUGAAGAUCAUUGUCCACGUGUUGGCCGUUUCAGGUUUUCGUAGUGCUCGUACGGGAGCCCGAAUGCCACGCUGA